AUGUCGGCUCAGAAUUCGGCGGGUAUCCAGACGCUGCUUGAUGCGGAGAGAGAAGCUCAGAAGAUUGUUCAGCGAGACCGCACAAAGCGAGUAAAGGAAGCAAGAGACGAAGCCAAGAAAGAAAUCGACGACUACAAGAAGUCAAAGGAUGACGAGUUCAAGAAGUUUGAGGCUGAACACACAAGCGGCAACAAGAAAGCUGAAGAAGAUGCUUCGAAAGAUGCUGAGGUCAAGAUAAAGGAGAUUCAACAGGCAGGGAAGAAAGGCCAAGAUCAAGUCGUGAAGGAUCUGUUGAAGGCUGUCUUUGAUAUUACUCCUAUCGUCCCAGAGCGUAUUGAGGUGCCCAAAUAG